AUAAGGCGGGUCGCUAUGGCCGCUGCCGCGGCAAGGUCCUAGUAGGCCAGAGUUCACUGAGAUUCAGCGGUUCGGUUAGUGUGUAGAAUUAGAGAGAAGAUGUUGCAUUUGGCGCUGUUUGUUUUGCUCCUCAAACUGUCGAAUUGCCGAGGUGAUGAUGGCCAUCAAAUCGACGAAUAUCUGAAGCGAGAGCACUCGUUAAUCAAGCCGUACCAAGGGGUGGGCUCUGGCAGCUCUUCGCACUGGGACCUGAUGGGCAGCGCCAUGGUGAUGAUGCAGUAUGUGAGACUGACCCCUGAUGUACAGAGCAAGCAGGGUGCUGUCUGGAACAGGAUUCCUUGCUACCUGCGGGACUGGGAGAUGCAGGUACAUUUCAAGGUGCAUGGACAAGGCAAGAAAAAUCUGAAUGGGGAUGGCUUUGCUAUUUGGUACACCAAGGAGCGGAUGCAGCCAGGUCCUGUAUUUGGAAGUAAGGAUAUGUUUACUGGACUGGGAGUCUUUGUGGACACCUACCCUAAUGAAGAGAAACAGCAGGAGAGCCAGAAGAGGAGAUACACACCCCGCUCUCAGCGCAUCUUUCCAUAUAUCAUGGCAAUGGUUGGGAAUGGCACACUCGGAUAUGACCAUGAACGUGAUGGGCGGCCCACAGAGCUAGGAGGCUGCACUGCACUGGUCCGCAAUCUCAACCAAGACACAUUCCUGGUGAUACGCUAUGUUCGCCGCAGGCUGACUGUAAUGAUUGACAUUGACGGGAAGAACGAGUGGAGGGAUUGUCUGGACAUUCCUGGUGUAAGGUUGCCAAAAGGAUACUAUUUUGGAACGUCAUCUGUCACUGGUGAUCUCUCAGAUAACCACGACAUCAUUUCUCUAAAACUGUACCAGCUGACUGUUGAGCGGAGUGCAGAGGAGGAGCGGGAGGAUAAAGAGGUGUUCAUACCCAGUGUGGACAACAUACCAUUAUUACGAGAGGAUGGCGUUUCCCAGCCCAUGAGCGGAGUGGCACUUUUCUUCAUCAUUCUGUUUUCUGUCCUCGGUGCUAUUGUUUUAUCUGUGAUCGGAGUCAUCGUUUAUCAGCAAUGGAAGGAAAACCGGCGCAAGCGGUUCUAUUGAUUUUUGGGAGGUCCGAGCCCAGGGCUAUCAGAGCGUUCUGGCUGAACCAUAUGGACCAUGGACUGCUCAUCAUGGAUAUUUUUCUAAGGGAAAGUUAAAUGUCUAAACUGACCUUUCCCUUGGGCACCACUGAUCCUAGAUUUUUGAGCUCUAAAGUGGAGGUUCUUAUUGCCGGAAGCAGAGACAAGACAACUCUGAAUUCUUCUUGUUAUAGGCAAGUUAAGCUGCCAUUAUUCACUGUACCGUCCUAACGAGGAGGGCCACACCUGUCUUUGUUAAGCUCCUAAGAGCAACGUUGACUUGGAUGAAGACCUGGGCGCUCUGAAUCCUAUCUGCUGCUAAAAGGAAAUCCAGGUGUUAACCGUUUGGAGCCACCAGCUGUUCUUGUGUGGUUCAGUAUCUUAAUUUUGGCAAUCAUAAACAGGGGGCUCGGCCAGCUGUAACCGUACCUGAAGGAAGGCCAGAUCUUCACUUUUUUUGAAGCAGGUCACAUGGCUGUGAUAUUUAUGCCUCGUCAGUGGGGCAGCGUUUUGUGCUCGAACCAGAUUUUAAUUUUAAGGAUUAUUUUUUUUUUUAUUUGGUCAGCAUUGUGGGGAUAGGGGGCUCUCCAUUUGUUCACUUCCAUUUCUGGUUGGCCCCCAGGCCUUAAUGUUUCCAUUGCUGGCCCCUUCUAAAACUACUGGAGUAGGUAGGGUACACAAGUGUGGGAUUGGGGGGGGGGGGGGCUUUCCGAAACGACUGGGAAAUGAGUGAGGCGGGGGUGUUAAAAAUAUCCUUCUGUUGGGACACGUUUGAAAGAAAAACUCUGUAUGGAGAUGUUUGCUUCUGAAGUGUUGUUUGUGUUUAAAGAAUUAAGAUAUAUAAAUGGUACAGUAAAUGCUAGUUAAAUACAGA